GAUUUUCAAAAACAGCACCAGAGCAAUGCAAUUCUAUGUCGAAGUUACUUUCUUACAAGAUACGUGCCACAUCAAUCGGCUUUCUGACGUAUAGACUCGAACUGUAAAAAUCUCCACACUAUCUUCUUACUUCAUCAAUUUCUUAUCGCGCGAUAACGAACUAUUGUCAAUAUUCGAUAAAUAUAAUCGUAGUUUUGCAUCGGACCAGCGCAUUCACCAGAGUGACGUUCCUUAUCAGUGAGCAAAAAAACGAUUUCACCACUCGAUGCAGUUCUAUAGAGUUGCACAACCAUUAUCUAUCAUCUGCAGAGUGACAAUGCUGGAGAAAAUACAAGUUUUCAUAUAAGAUCAUCCAAAAUGGCUACAAUGCAACGCUCCUGCAGUCCCGGACGGUACCUUUGGGGUGGAAACGCCGGAAGCCAUGGGAUCAAGUUCGAGACCAACCUGGCCUAUGCGCUGUUUGUGAGCGGUUCCUUGCAGAGGAUCCCGUUUCGGUUGGCCACGGAAAUGAGGGAAGCCGGCAAGUGGGAAGACGUUGUGCUGUUCCGAGACGAUCUUAAAGAGGUGUGGCUGUUUCAAGCCAAACACGGUGACAGAAUAGGUGAUGUCAUCAGGUUUGGAGACCUGUUUCCGGAUGACUGCGAAGGAAGAAAGGAAUUUGCUCUGCAUAUGUAUCUACACUCAAUGCUGGCCUGUAGACGCAAAGUUGAAUUCGAAGGGUUCAAAAUGAGGUUUUUCCUGUUCACUAAUAAGGUACUGAGUGAUCGGACGAAGUUGGAAAUGCUGAUGAAAAUUGAGACCAGGACGGUGGAUGGAUUAAUGCAAUGGAACAAUCACGAGAGUUGUCGUCAAGGGUUGAAGCCUCAGGAAUUGGAAAUCGAAACUCUGAAGGAUAUGAUGAACAUCGAGUUGUUAGCCAUAAAAGACGCGAUUAUAAAUUUAUUGGAGAAUGGCAAAGUUUCGGAUGUGUUGGUGAAGUACAAAACACCGCUCAAAAGUGUACUGCGAAUUUCGGAAGGUAGAGUUCAUUUCACGGAUGAUUUUACAAGAGGCCAUCAUAAUGCUACAUAUAAGUGGCUGUUUGAAGAACUUCAGAAGCAUUUCAGCUGGAACAAGGAUGAUGGAAUCAAAACAUUAACGGGAAAGCCAAUCAACAGUAAGAUGAAUCAACCGAUCAAGGUUUUAUUUGAGGGAAACUCCAGAGAUAAGUGUUUCCCAAUACUGGCGAGUGAGCAAGACGUGAGAGAUUUCUUCGCUCAUUUCGAACUGCAUUUGCGGCAACCUGAUCCAAAAGCUGCGGUCGAUGAACUGAUCUACUCGUGGAUGCGCCAAUGGAUUCCUCCGAAUGUGUUGGGGAAAUUCAGCGAAGCGCAGAUGACAUUGCCGCGUACAAAGUUUUACGAAACAUUCAAAAGUUGGCACGAGCUGAUUGAGAAAGAGAAAGAUUUCCUAUCAUUUGACGUUGAGGGUAAGCAAUGCAUUCACGAGAUAAUAGUCGAACUGAAACAACACAUGCCGAUGAGGUCGAAUAGAUGUUACAUUCCUCGUUACAUAGAAGAAGACAAAUUGCAAGAAGUGAUCAGUGAAGAACAAUUCCUGUCAAACUACGGUUCGAAUAAAAGCUAUGUGUUAAUCGGUGAACCAGGAAUGGGGAAGACGACCUGGAUGGAACACAUUGCUUUCGGAUUUCAGAAGACUACUGAUAUGAAGGUUCACUUGAUUUACCUGAAUAAAUUACAUGGGAAGUCGAAGAAUGGAUACGAUAACGCAUUUGAAAUCCUUAGGUCUGAGCUAUCUGAAUUGAAUCUCAGAUCAUUGGAGACUGAUUUGAAGAGUGGCGCAAAGCAAAUAAUGAUUCUACUAGAUGGAUUUGAUGAAUUGGCAGACUCCUGUCAAGCCUUAGUUAUCAGGAUCAUACAUCAAUUAAUGUCGCUCAAAAACGUUUAUUUGAUUGUAAGUGGCAGGAGGCACAAACAAAAGCAUCUAGAAUUCUUACUGAAAACCAAAGCCAUUUGUCUGGUACCAUUUAAAUAUGAAGAGCAGAUAGAGUUUUUGAAAGCCUUUUGGGGUGUUCCCAAGGACGAUCUUGAAAUGCUGCUGAAAUUUAGAAAUUUCGCAAUCAACUUGAUCGAAAAAUUGCACGACAAUAUCAAAGCAGAAUAUUUUUCCCUUACUGGACUUCCACUGAUUACUCGAAUGCUGGCGGAAGUUUAUGCGGAUGAUUUUCAAAAAUUUAUCAUUUCCAAUCAAACCGAUACAGAUCACAAUUUACUGUCGAUUACCAAAUUGAGUUUGCUAAAUUUGUUCGAACAGUUUACUUCUAUGGCGUUGAAUAUGCAAAUGAAGAAAAUUCUCAAUCAAGACGCUUACUCAACGCUCCAUGUCAAUAUUGAUCGACGAUUCAAACUCAACAUUGGGCAGUUUGAUGUUGAACAUCAGCUGGCCGCGAUUAAGCAGCUUGCCAUAAGAGAGUUUCCAACUUGUGUAAAAAACCACCAAUAUUUGCCGUCAACUUUGGAGUUCAUGAAACGAUUACAAGAUGGAGAAGAAAGAUCCCUACUGAUCACCAUCUCGAGGGACAAUCGAAUUGAGUUCGUUCACCGAUCGUAUGCCGAAUACUUCGUUGCGAAGUAUCUGUAUGAAAAUGCUACCGAAUGCGAAAUAAUUUUGUUAAAGAUUCUUCAACGACAUAAAGUGGUUCAAAUCUUCUUCUUCAUGAUGGUUGAAGAGAACUUUGCAGCUAGCUCGCAGCAAAUCAUGACUAUUGAAAACAUCUGUAAACGAGACUCGGACGUUGCCUUCUUGGCUUGUUCAGGAGAUAACGUGAAAAUUGUGAAGAAGUUGUUGGAGAAUCAGAACGCGAACACUAUGAGAACCCAUUUCAAAGGAACUCUCCUACAUGCCGCAGCCAAAGCCGGAAGUUAUGAUGUGGUUUCGUUGCUUCUGCUGGACAACUGCUUUAAAGUUCGCCCUAAAGCUAAGAACAAAGCACAUAAAAUGUUCCAAAUUCUUCAUUCUAUGUUUACCAACACGUCAACCAAUCUUAACAGUCAAGAUGGCGAAGGUUGUACACCGAUUUUCUUGGCUACCCGGAACGGUCAUUUGAGAAUUGUUAAGAAGCUUCUUAAUCACUAUGCUGAUGUGGACAUUCCUAACCAUGACAAACAGAGUCCCGUGCACAUGGCCUAUCGAUGCGGGCAUGUUGAGAUAUUCCAGCUAUUAUUGGAAAAAUCAAAGAAUCUGAACUUCACCGAUGAUCGUGGAAAAACGCUCCUUCACUGGGCAGCUACGAAUGGUGAUCUGGAAACGGUUAGCACGCUUUUAAGCCUAUCAGUCAACAUCGACAUCCGAGACGCAGUUGGGUGGACACCAUUGAAUUAUGCUGUUGACACCGGAGGCUAUAAAACUGCUGAGAUUAUCCUAACCCAUUCACCAAAUGUGAACACCCUGGAUGAGCGCGGAAGAACUCCUCUCCACUGGGUUGCCUUGUCUGGAAAGGUAGAUAUUGGCAAGUUAUUGGUUGAUCACAAGGCAAACAUCGAUGCUCUGGACAACGACGGAUGCACUCCCCUUCAUUUGUCCUACACAUUCAGGAAUUUGGCCAUGAUCAACAUGCUGAUAAGCCAUUCAGCCAACAUCAAUAUUCCAAACAUUCUUGGACAGACUUUGCUUCAUUUGGCUUCCAAGAAAGGAGACUUGGAAGUGGUGAGAAUGCUUCUGAACUAUUCGGCAAACGUCAACACUUCGGACAAAUUCGGAUGGACUCCUCUUCAUUUUGCCACUGCCAAUGGAUAUUUCGAAAUAAUAAAUCUUCUAAUCAAAGCCUCUGCCAAUGUCAACGUUCCAACUCAAUCCGGUCAAACUUGUCUUCUCAUAGCAGCUAGGACUGGGCAGUCGGAAGUCGUUAGAAUACUUAUAGAUCAUUCAGCCGUCCACACUCCGGAUAGGAAAAUGCAAACCGCACUGCACUUGGCCGCCAAGAAUGGCCACUUGGAGGUCGUCAGAAUGUUACUCGCCCAACGAUUAGUCAAUGUGAAUGCAACGGACGAGGAUGGUUGGACAGCUCUGCACUAUGCCGUUGAUGACGAACGGAAGAAUCUGGUGGAAUUGCUUCUUUCCAACUCAGCGUGGGUUACUAUUCGGACACGAGAUGGCUUAACUCCAGUUGAUUUAGCCGUUACGAAGGGCAAUAAACUUUUGCGUGAUCUGUUGGUCGAGAAACACGAGAAAGAGGAAUGUAGCUAUGCAUAAUGUUAAGCUAGAUAGCAGAUAUACAUUCUUGAAAUAAAUGUUUACAAUGAAACGUU